UCCAAAAGGAACAAAGUUAAUCGAAAGGAAGCUGAGAAGAAGAAAUAUGGCUAUGGCAAAUACUGUUCUUUGCAUGAAUGGUGGAGAUCAAGAAACUAUCUAUGCCAACAAUUCCCUUCUACAAAAAACUAUACUAUUGAAAACAAGGCCAAUCAUAGAGGAUACCAUCAAAGAUAUGUUCAACAAGGCUCUUCCAACUUGCAGUAAGAUAGCAGAUUUGGGUUGUGCUUCAGGUCCCAACACCUUCUUCUUGAUAUCCCAAGUUAUCAACACCGUUCAAUCAAUAUGCUGCCAACAAGGACUCAAGAAAUCACCUGAGUUUCAAGUGUUUCUCAAUGAUCUUCCAGGGAAUGAUUUCAAUACAAUUUUUAGGUCUGUUACUGGUUUCUACUCUAGGCUGAAUGAAGAAAAUAGAGAUAUGCAUUUGGGGCUUUGUUUCAUAGCAGGAGUACUUGGUUCCUUUUAUGGGAGACUCUUUCCCGAGAAAAGCAUGCAUUUUAUAAAUUCCUCUUACAGUGUUCAUUGGCUCUCCGAGAUCCCAGUAGGGCUUGAGAAUAAUAAAGGGAAUAUAUACAUGGCAAAAUCAAGCCCUCCAGACGUACUCAAAGCUUAUUCUGAGCAGUUUCAAAAGGACUUCUCCAAUUUUCUACGCUUACGUUCCGAAGAAAUCAUAUCGGGAGGGCGAAUGCUUCUUACUUUGGUUGGAAGAACCGUUGCAGAUCCCAUAAGCAAAGAUUGUUGCUACUUAUGGGAGUUGUUAGCCAAAUCACUCUCUGAUUUGGUGGCCGAGGGACAAAUAGAAGAGAGUGAUUUGAAUUCAUUCAAUAUGCCUUACUACAAUCCCUAUAAAGAAGAAGUAUGGGACAUUAUCCAAAAAGAGGGAUCCUUUGAUCUUGAUAAGCUUGAAAUUUUUAAAGUCAAUUGGGACCAUGAAGACGAUGAUAGCAAUAAAAACUUUGUAUUCAACAAGUAUAGGAGUGGGCAAAAUGUUGCGAAUUGCAUACGAGCUAUUACAGAACCCAUGCUCACUAAUCAUUUUGGAGAGACCGUAAUUGACAAUUUGUUCACCAAAUAUGCAGAACAUGUGGCUGAGCAUCUAUCCAAGGAGAAGACAAAGUAUGUUAAUGUAGUCAUUUCAAUGAUAAGAAAAUGAAAAAAAUGGAUGGCCGUUGAUCAGAAGCUUUGGCUCGACCAAAGAUAUGGUUGAGAUUCUAUAUA